AUCUUUACAGAGGGGCACGAAGUAGGUGAAAGAAACACGAAAACAACACCAGCAGCUCAACAGUAACGUUUGAAUUAAAUAAAUCAGGGUAGCUAGCUAUGCCUCUUUAUGAUUUGGCUGUCCCAUUUUCAUCAGUGGAAAUUGAUGUAGCUAGCUAUUUAUAUUUGUUGAACUUGUGUAGUAUAAAGUGGUAAACUACUAAGCAAGCGAACUACGUUACUAAUUUCACUCGCGGUCACUGUAGCCAACUUGGCUAACUAUUUAGGUCAUUAAGCCUUUUGCCAACCGUGUUUGAAGUCACCAGCCAUGGCGGAACGUGGUGCACAUUUGACAACUGCAGCUGCAGACGACAGACCGUCGAUAUUCGAGGUCUUGGCACAGGACUCCCUGAUGGGUGCGGUAAGACCCGCCUUGCGACACGCUGUGAAGGUUCUGGCUGAGUCCAACCCCUCUCGCUACGGAUUCCUCUGGCGGAGAUUUGACGAGAUUCACGCUGUUCUCGACGUAUUGCUUCAGCACCAUUUUCUGUCACGGACUAGCGCCUCAUUCUCUGAGAACUUUUACAGCCUAAAGCGCGUUGCUGCUUCGGGGCGCGAGCGGCCAGCUCACCUGGGUCUGCAUGGGAAACACCACUGGUGCUCGCUGAUCCUGCUUGCCCUCGUUCCUUACCUGAGGGCCAAGCUGGAACAGGUACUGGCCAAGCAGAGGGACGAGGAUGAUUUUUCCAUCCGCCUACCACAGACGCCCUUGCAAAGGAUGUACAGGGCCUUCCUGGCAUCCUACCCCUAUGUCAGCAUGGGCUGGGACAGCUGGGUCUUCUGCCAGCAGCUGCUGUAUGUGUUUGGCCUAGCCAAGACCCACUCACCAUUUCUGUGGCUGGCAGGUGUCAGGCUGGCUCACCUCACAGGACAUGACAUCACAAAUAUGGACCUCAAACCAGCCACCCCUUCCACGGCCAUCGGCUCAAGUGUUGGUGAGAGGCUGCGGAGGCUGACGUCGACAGUGGUGGGGGGUGUGGCUCUGUCCCUCUCCACUAGUCUCUCCUUGGGAGUGUUUUUCCUGCAGUUCCUCGAGUGGUGGUACUCCUCAGAGAACCAGAGCACCAUCAAGACCCUGACCUCCCAUCCCACACCACCCCCUCCCAUCCACCUCCAGGACCAACAACCACUGACCAGACAGAGCAAAGUAUGUCCGCUCUGCUGCAAGGUCCGCACCAAUGAUACCGUUCUCUCCACCUCUGGUUUUGUCUUCUGUUACCGCUGUAUUUAUGUCUACAUCAAAGCCAACCAGAGAUGUCCGAUGACUGGGUACCCCACUGAACUUCAUCAUCUCAUCAAGAUUUACUCACCAGAGAGCUAGAGAGAAUCUUAUUUCCAUUCCCAUGAGGGACUUUGACAAUCAUGUCACAAUGACAAUUUAUACUGUAACUGAUUAGUUAGUUAUUGACUAUAUCCCUUAUGACCAUUUGUAAAUAAUUUAAGGCACUAACGGGGGGCCAGUAUAAAAAAAAAACUGUAAGUCGCUCUGGAUAAGAGCGUCUGCUAAAUGACUAAAAUGUAAAUGUAAACAUAUCCCUAGCAGUUAUGAUAGUUUAAAGGCCCAAUGCAGCUGUUUUUAUCUCAAUAUCAACUCCCUUUUCCUAUAUUUACAACUUAGGUCAGCUAUUCCCCUUGGGAAACCCAACUACCGAAACAUCCAAUGAUGGGAUUUAUCAAUCAAUUAUGAGGCCUCCUGAAAGGACUGAUCUCUAUAAUAUAUAAACAACUUUAGGAAAGCUCAUUCUGAGCUAGCCAUUAAAAAAGUAUGGUCCACAGAGUUAAUUGAAUCUGAACCAUGCUUUAACUGGAACAGAGUAUGGGAAAAAUAUGACCUUGUCAUCCCGUAAUCCGAACCAUCAAUUUAUACAUUUUAAGUUUGUUCACAGGCUGUAUUUAACACCAAGGAAACACUUUACAAUGAAAUUGGCCAACUUCCAACUGUUCACUGUGUCCCCUAAAUCAGGUAGGCGCAUUCCUUCAUAUGAUGUGGGAGGUAAAUGCUUCUGGGGUAAAGUUACAAAAUUAAUUUCGAAGUGCAUGCAUUUAAAUAUUCAGUGCUUUCCAUCUAUGUUACUUAACGAUGAUAGCCCCUUAAAUCUCUCAAUCAGAGAAGAUUACUGCUGGCAGGCAUCACUGCUGCAAUUAUACUUUUUUCUCUAACAUGGCAACAACCAUUUGAAUACUCAUUUAACCAGUGAAUACAGUUCCUAUUAUAACAGAAUUAUUGACAGCGAGAAUGAAUGGUGCUAGUCAAGGCACAAUUGAGGCCUGGACAAAUAUAUACUGAACAAAAAUAUAAGCACAACAUGUAAAGUGUUGGUCCCAUGUUUCAUGAGCUGAAAUAAAAGA